AUGCGUCUCUUCAACUUGAAACACUUACCUGCUCUGUCACCGACAGGCCGCCAGUUCGCGCUCAACGUAGAGGAAGGAGAUUUCACCCAUGGAGAUAUCGUCGGAGAGGGCCUUUCACAAUGGCUGCAUGACGACCUUCCACAUUUUGAAGAAAUUGCAGGGGAGCCGAGGGCGGCCACAUUAAAAGCCAACGUCGCGGUAAUGCGCCGCAAGAACAUGAAAGAGAUCAGGGCCUUGGUGAUCGCGGGCGCUGCUUUUGAGAGAGCAGAGCACUGGAGCAGAGACGAGACAAGAAGAGUUUCGAAGUAUCCCAAAGCCGUCUGCACAACCGUUGUUAAUCAAAGCGGCAAGAACAAGACAUUGGCCACCAGUUAG